AUGACUGGGCACAAUCACUACACUAUGUGCGCCCAAUUCCAUCCGAAAGAAGACCUCGUUGUCUCCGCAUCUCUCGACCAGUCUGUUCGCGUUUGGGAUAUUUCCGGCCUUCGCAAGAAGCAUUCUGCUCCUACGUCCAUGAGCUUCGAGGAUCAGAUGGCACGUGCCAAUCAAAACCAGGCAGACAUGUUCGGCAAUACUGAUGCUGUCGUCAAGUUUGUACUAGAAGGCCACGACCGUGGAGUUAAUUGGGUUGCGUUCCAUCCCACAAUGCCAUUAAUUGUAUCUGCUGGAGACGAUCGAUUGGUUAAACUCUGGCGCAUGAGUGAGACUAAGGCAUGGGAGGUCGACACAUGCAGAGGCCAUUUCCACAACGCCUCUGGCUGCUUGUUUCACCCCCACCAGGACCUGAUUCUUUCGGCGGGUGAGGACAAAACAAUUCGGGUCUGGGAUUUGAACAAACGAACUGCCGUCCAGUCUUUCAAGAGGGAAAAUGACCGAUUUUGGGUCAUUGCAGCACACCCGGAGAUCAAUCUUUUCGCUGCAGGCCAUGAUAACGGUGUCAUGGUUUUCAAACUGGAACGCGAACGGCCUGCUUCUGCGACUCACCAGAACAUGCUCUUCUACAUCACAAAAGAGAAACAUAUCAAAUCCUACGACUUCCAGAAGAAUGUCGAAAGCCCAACCCUUCUAUCGCUGAAGAAGCUUGGCAGCCCCUGGGUAACUCCUCGCACCUUGUCUUACAACCCCGCUGAGAGGUCUGUCCUAGUCACGACCCCAGCCGAAGGGGGUUCCUAUGAACUAGUCGGUCUCCCCAAAGAUGGCUCAGGUGUUAUCGAGCCAACUGAGUCAAAGCGAGGAUUAGGUAAUUCUGCUAUUUUCGUCGCGCGGAAUCGUUUCGCUGUCCUGGAUACCUCGAACCAGACCAUUGACAUCAAGGAUUUGUCAAAUAAUAUCACUCGUUCCUUCAAGCCACCUGUCGGGACCAGUGAUAUUUAUUUUGGCGGGACUGGUCAUUUGCUUAUUAUCACACCAACGGCCAUUCAUUUGUACGACAUUCAGCAAAAGAAGAGCACUGCUGAACUUUCUGUCAGCGGUGUUAAGUAUGUUGUAUGGUCCAAUGACGGACUUUACGCUGCACUUCUUAGCAAACACAACGUUACGAUUGUCACAAAAAGUCUUGAGCAGGUCAGUACACUGCACGAAACUAUACGGAUCAAAAGCGCGACAUGGGAUGAUGCUGGUGUACUCCUAUACUCGACAUUGAACCAUGUGAAGUACACACUACUCAACGGCGAUAAUGGCAUUGUCCGUACUCUGGAUCAAACUGUAUAUCUGGUUCGAGUGAAGGGUCGCAAUGUGCACUGCUUAGACCGCACCGCAAAACCACGAAUUCUACAGAUCGACCCGACCGAGUACCGAUUCAAACUUGCUUUAAUCAAGCGAAAUUAUGAAGAGAUGCUGCACAUCAUCCGUACAUCCAGUUUGGUGGGACAAUCUAUUAUUUCAUAUUUACAAAAGAAAGGCUAUCCUGAAAUUGCCUUGCAAUUCGUGCAGGAUUCAACAACUAGAUUUGAUCUAGCUAUUGAAUGCGGCAAUCUGGACGUGGCUGUUGAGAUGGCUAAGGAAUUGGAUAAACCAAAAUUCUGGACACGGCUAAGUGCCGAGGCCCUUGCGCAUGGCAAUCAUCAGAUUGUCGAAAUGUGCUACCAGAAGCUGAAGCAGUUUGACAAACUGUCAUUUUUGUAUCUGGCUACAGGUGAUCACUCGAAGUUGGCGCGAAUGGCGAAAAUUGCUGAACAUCGGGGAGAUUUUACUUCCCGGUUCCACAACGCUCUGUAUUUGGGUGAUGUUGAAGAUCGAAUCCAGAUGUUCAAAGAAAUUGACCUUUAUCCCCUUGCUUACAUGACUGCGAAGUCGAACGGACUGGACGAUGAAUGUCGGGCCAUUUUGGAAGCUACAGGGGCUACUGAAGACCAACUCACCAUGCCAAAACUUGGUGAACCCUUGAAUACGCCUAAACCUGUUGUGCUCACCUUCAAGAGCAACUGGCCUACAAAGGCAAGCUCUCAGUCAGUCUUUGAAAAGGCAUUACUUGGUCAAGUGGAAGGCCUCUCUCUGGAGGAUGACCCAGCUAUGGCUGACCGACCAACCCUUCAUGAAGAGGGAGAUGAUGCUCCCACACUGAAAAGAAAUGGCGGCCUGACUGAGGAAGAUAAUGAAGAUGCCGCAGGUUGGGAUAUGGGUGACGAUGAUGCCCCCGAAAUCGACAGCGAUUUUGUGAACGUCGAUGGUGCUGAAGCUGGGGGUGCGGGAAGUAGUGAGGCAGACAUGUGGGCGCGGAACUCUCCACUGGCGGCCGAUCAUGCAGCAGGAGGGUCUUUUGAAUCCGCCAUGCAGCUCUUGAAUAGGCAAGUCGGAGCAGUGCACUUUGCACCAUUAAAACCUCGUUUCUUGGAGGUGUAUCAAGCUACCAGAAGCUUCCUUCCGGCAUCGUCAGGCCUACCAGCCUUGGUCAACUACGUGCGUCGAACGGUUGACGAAACUGACCCUCGCCAUGUUCUUCCCAUUAUUCCACGAGAUCUCGAAUACCUCGCUACCAAUGAUCUCCAGAAAGGUUAUGAUUCAAUGAAGGCAAAUAAGUUGGAAGACGGCGUCAAGGUGUUCAAAGGCAUUUUGCAUGCCAUCCUAGUCAAUGCGGUAUCCAGCGAAGCUGAGAUGGCUGAGGCAAAGAAACUCAUCACCUCUGCAGGUGAAUAUACGGUCGCCAUGGACAUUGAGCUCGCUAGGCGGAGUCUGGGAGCCCCAGAUGCUGUAGCUCAGGAUCCAGCGAAGCUGAAGAGGAGCUUGGAGUUGUCUGCAUAUUUCACCAUUCCUAAAAUUGAGGUACCACACCGGCAGUUGGCCCUCCUUAGCGCCAUGCAAUUGGCUGUUAAGAGCAAGAACUACAAUUCUGCCUUGAGCUUCGCCAAUCGAAUCAUCGCAAAUGGAGGCUCUACAAAGAUUGUAGAAAACGCCCGAAAAACCAAGGUACAAUGCGAGAGGAACCCGAACGACGCUAUUGACAUUGAAUUCGAUCAAUUUGCUGAGUUUGAGGUUUGUGCUGCCAGUCAUACACCAAUUUACAGCGGCACGUCGUACGAAGAGUGUGCUUUCGAUGGUUCCAAAUAUCACUCAAAAUUCAAGGGAACUGUCUGCCGUGUGUGCGAGAUUUGCGAGAUUGGCAAACAUGGCAGCGGGUUGAAGCUAUUUGCAUAG